AUGUUGCGAAUGAAGUCAUUCUUCUGCGGUAUUAUCAUCACAUCCAUUGUCUGGCUCUUCAUUAUCUACUUAUAUGUGUUGAGAAGCCGUGAAUUCAAUGCCAAGAGUUACUCAAAGAACUCAUUGUUUGUGUCGAGACUUCCCGUAAGACAUCGACUCAUAUCUCGUCUGAACUCUAAUUAUAACGAUUUGAAUGAAUUAAGACUCCGGAAGAAGAUUAGUGACAAUAAGGAUCAGAAACGGCUGAUUGAGUCGAAUCUCAUUAAUGAUAAUCCAGUCGAUGAUGAGUUCCGACAGAAACAAGACAUUAAAUGGUAUAAUACGGCCAUUCAGUUGAUGGCCGGCUCUUCACAGGACACCAAUCGACUCAUGAGUUUAGGCAUUAUUAACACCAAAGAGGAGAAGAGGAUCAAAGACAUGGGAUAUAAGAAACACGCGUUCAAUGUGUUGAUCAGCAAUCGGAUUGGCUUUAAGAGACAGAUCCCGGACACGAGGAACCCGUUGUGCCAAACGAGUCAACCAUUUGUUCCGUUGAGUGAUUUGCCGACCGCUUCCGUCAUCAUCUGCUUCUUCAACGAACACUUCCACACACUCUUGCGAACCGUUUACAGUGUUAUCCAACGAACUGAUGAUCAUAUUCUUCACGAGAUUCUGCUCGUCGAUGACUUCAGCGAUGACGCUGAGAUCAAAGACAAGUUAAUGGAAUUCGUUUACCAGAAACUGCCGAACAAAGUAAAGCUGUUGCGGACGCCCGAGAGGGCCGGCCUUAUUAGGGCCCGUAUGUACGGCGCCCACCACUCCACCGGACAGGUACUCGUCUUUCUGGACAGUCAUUGCGAAGUGAAUACAAAUUGGUUGACACCACUCCUCACACGGAUUCAUGAGAACCGGACAACAGUCGUCUGUCCCAUCAUUGAUAUCAUUAAUGCCAACACUUUUGAAUACACGGCCUCUCCUAUAGUGAAGGGAGGCUUCAAUUGGGGACUUCACUUUAAAUGGGAUUCCGUUCCACACAAUAAGCUUCAAGCUAAAUCUGAUUUCAUAAAACCUAUUCCUUCGCCGACAAUGGCGGGCGGGCUGUUUGCUAUGGACCGCAACUAUUACUUCGAAAUGGGAGAGUAUGACAGAGGAAUGGAUAUAUGGGGCGGAGAGAAUCUCGAAAUAUCUUUUCGGAUAUGGUUAUGCGGCGGAAGGCUUGAGAUAAUUCCGUGCUCUCGUGUGGGACACGUAUUCAGACAAAGGCGUCCGUAUGGUUCGCCUACUGGUGAGGACACAUUAACCUACAAUUCCUUACGUGUGGCCCACGUAUGGAUGGAUGACUUCAAAAAAUUUUAUUUCAUUCAAAGACCGGACGCUAUUAACAAAUCUUAUGGUGAUAUCAGCGAUAGAGUUGCGUUAAGAGAGAGACUCAAUUGCAGUUCAUUUGAUUGGUAUCUCAAGAACAUAUACCCAGAGCUGAGACUUCCGUCGCCUAAAGAAGACUUGGAGGAGAGGAAGAAAGCCAUCAAAGAGAAGAUGUCGAAGAAUAUGAAAAACAAAUCUAAUGUAAUGAUUAGAAAACUGCCAAAAGUUGUGGACAAAUACUUAAUACAACUCUCGGGAAGCGAUCUGUGCGUCGAAUCUGAAUCCGAGGCCACAUAUAAGGGAUCAAAACUUUUACUACAGAAAUGCGCCCAAAUUCGGCGACAGCUAUGGUACGAAACCGUUAAACACGACUUAAGGUUAGGCCAGAAGUUGUGUUUGGAUUCCGAUGACAAUAAAUAUCCACAUUUAGCCAAAUGUCACGAAAUGGGUGGCACUCAGGACUGGAAACACUCGGCUAAGAAAAAUACUGCCAUUUAUUCGAUGGCCGCCGGUCUGUGUUUGGGCGCUCAGAGCGAGUCUGUGGGAGAGUAUGUGAUAAUGUCUUUCUGUAACUCCAAUGACAGCAAGAAAUGGAAUCUAAUCUAAAAGAUAGCAUUUAUUGACCACAAGUUCUUGGAUUUUAGCGCAUAUUUAUUUUAUAGAUAUUUUAUUUGUACCAUAUUUUGUAUAUUUAUACCGUUUUGUCUUUUAAGUCAAAUCAAGUAAAUAAAUCUCAUUUUAAAGUAGAA